CUUACUGUUCAUUGUCUUGUUGGCUUUAAACGUUUAACUGUCAUAGCGUUUUUAACAAUAGUCUGAAAAUGACGAGUGUUUUUAUUAUUCCUGCUAAAAAAAGCGAUUUAGUGGAAAGUGACAAUGAAUUCUGUGUUAGAAGAAAACUUAGGAUUGAGAAUCUAUCAAACGAUUGUAGAGAAUUGACAAGAAAUUUUGGCGAAAGUGACUUAGAAGACUACAUACAGCACUUUCUAGAUGUCUACUACUAUGUCACAAAACACUUGGGCGCUCUGGAUUGGAAAUACAUAACUUUCUACUCCGAAACCUUGCGAAAGGUUUGGUCUCAGUUGAACACAAAAUUAGAUUUGUAUUUCACUAAGAAAAUGUACAAUGACGUCAAUGUUCUGAACGAGACCAAAAUCGUUUUGUACAUAACAAAUGGAUAUAAUUGGAGAGAUUUUGAGACAAGUUAUAAUGUUGAAGGAUUAAGCCAGGAGGACAAAGAAAUCAGAGAUGGUUUACUUGAGGAUUUAUAUGAUAUGUUGCAUGAUGUUGCUGCUGGCAUUCGGUCAAAGGUUUUGCAAGUUUUUGCAAAAUUAUUAAAAGACUCAGCCCUUCCUUUAUCGUGGCUCCUGAAGAUCAUGGAUCGUUCGGUUGGACGUUUGUGUGACAAAGGCAUAUUGGUUCGAAAGAAUGCAAUUGUUGUUCUGAAAGAAUUCAUCAAAAAUCGACCGUCGGAUGUACCGAUGGACAACGAUGUUUUGCAUCAGAGUUUACAGAAUGCCAUAGAAAAGCUGGCAAGUUUGCGUGAGCAACCGCAUCAGGCGGACUUGGAAAAGAUUAAGAUGAAUGCAAAACCGCCCUGA